CCGCGCAUCUUUUUCUAGGUCGCUACCUCACGAGUACCCGGUGUUCUAGUUAACAAUGUUAGUUAACGGCGAUAGUGAUGUUGUUGGUGAUGCGGCUAAGUUUCACAAGCCGGGAGAAAAUUAUAAUUCUCCUGGAUAUGUAGUAACUAAGAACACAAUGCGACUUCUGAAAGAGCAUCUGAAGCAGACAGGUGGUAAAGUGGUUACCAGAUUUCCACCAGAACCGAAUGGUAUUUUGCACAUUGGUCAUGCCAAAGCGAUUAACUUCAAUUUUGGUUACGCAAAGAAAAAUGGUGGCAUAACUUAUCUGCGGUAUGAUGAUACCAAUCCCGAAAAGGAAGAAGCGGAGUUUUUUGAGGCAAUAGAGGAUAUGGUUAGAUGGCUGGGUAAGUUUAUAAAAGACUAAUGUUAAAUAGGAUUUACUCCUUACAAAAUUACUCAUGCUUCGGAUAAUUUCCAGCAGCUAUACGAAUGGGCAAUUAAGUUGAUUAAACUGAAACUAGCAUAUGUUUGUCAUCAGGCCGUUGAAGAAAUACGAGGUUUCAAUCCUCCACCAUCUCCAUGGAGAGAUAGACCAGUUGAGGAGUCCUUACAACUCUUUGAAGACAUGAAGAAUGGCAAGAUUGAAGAAGGAAAAGCUACUUUGCGUAUGAAAGUAACACUGGGAGAUGGAAAAGUUGAUCCGGUAGCUUAUCGAAUAAAAAUGACACCCCAUCAUCGUACUGGUACUACUUGGUGCAUUUAUCCUACUUACGAUUAUACACAUUGCUUGUGUGACUCCAUCGAAAAUAUUACACAUUCAUUAUGCACUAAAGAGUUCCAAUCCAGGCGCCCUGCUUAUUAUUGGCUUUGUAAUUCUCUAGAUAUUUACUGUCCAGUUCAGUGGGAAUAUGGCCGUUUAAAUUUGUACUACAGUGUAGUAUCUAAACGCAAAAUUUUAAAGUUGAUUGAAUCUGGUAUUGUAAAUGAUUGGGAUGAUCCACGACUAGUAACUCUAACAGCACUUCGUCGUCGUGGUUUCCCACCUCAAGCUAUUAACACAUUUUGUGAACGCAUUGGUGUUACCAUGGCUCAGACCACUCUUGAUCCAUCUGCUCUAGAUGCUUGUGUACGAGAUUAUUUAAAUGAUCAUGCUCCACGCGUUAUGGCUGUCUUAGAACCCAUUUGUGUAACAAUUACAAAUUGGUCUGAAUUGUAUGGCGAUAAGCCUUCUAUUGAGCUAACAGUUGCCGAUUUUCCAGCCAUUCCGGAUGGCAAAACCCAUAGUGUUAUCUUACAACCAGAAUUGUAUAUAGAAAGUACAGAUUUCCAAGAAGUAGCUGAUAGAGGCUAUCGCCGUUUAACCCCAAAUCAAUCAGUUGGUCUUCGUUACACAGGUCUUGUUUUAGAGUUUACUGAAUUGAAAAAGGAUUCCAGUGGAAAAAUUGUCCAUUUAUUUGUAAAGGGUCGGAAGGUUGAAGAUACUGCAAAACCAAAGGCUUUCAUUCAUUGGGUGUCCAAUCCUCUUAAGUUUGAGGCUCGAUUAUACGAUCGUCUAUUUACCUCCAAAGAACCAGAAAGCGAAAAGGGUGGAUUCAUGUCUGUGAUAAAUCCAAAUUCAUUAGUCAUAAUUCCAGAUGCUUUAGUUGAACAGUCAGUUAAAGAUGCAAAGGUUUUCAGUGCAUAUCAAUUUGAACGUAUUGGUUUCUUUUCUGUGGAUCCUGAUACAAACUCUGAACGUAUGGUAUUUAAUCGAACAGUGGCCCUGAAAGCAGAUCCUGGUAAAACAGUUUAAUUCACGAUUAGUUCUCAGGAAUCCGAAUCUAACCCAUUAACUUUAUUAAUGUAUGAAUUCUUGUGUAAUUUAUAAUACAUUUUCUUACGUGGUG